AUGGGAGUACUCUGUUUCGCAACCUGGCAAACAUGACAUGCUUUGACAAAUCUAGAUACAUGGCGUUUCAUCCGUGGCCAGUAAAAAUGUUCCAAAAGACGUCGGUAGGUUUUCUUAACUCCAAAAUGCCCAGACUCUGCUCCAUGGGCUGUUCUCAAAAUCAAAUCACGGUCUUUGUCAGGUACCAUCACUUGAAUCACCUGACCUGCCACUUCAGGAUCAACACCUGGCAACCACGUAUGCAGCAAAACGCCAUUCUGAAUGAAGUAACCCAUCGUUGGAUCAGUAGAAGCUAAGGCAAAAUAUUUCUCAAAGCUCUGAUCAUUCUUUUGUGCCUCAAUUAAAUCUUGACAUGACAGAGGUUCGGGCAGCUCAGGAACAAAAAUAGGCACAGAUUUGGACACAUCCGACGAUUGCGCCUGCGUGCGAGACAUUGCCCUAGUCACAGCACAAGCAGUAAACACUUCUGGGAAUUCUUGACAACACGCGUCUGGCUCCUCUACAGAUAGCGGUACAGGUGUAACAACUGGAGGUGGAGAAACUAAACACCCACCCAAAUUGUUCCCCAGAAUUACAUGGAUAUCCUGCAUAGGCAGAGACGGUCUCACAGCAAUAGUCACCUCCCCAUUCACAAAUCCUGAACACAAGUGAAUUUUGUGCAACGGUACAGAAAAUGACUGCAUGCCUAUUCCUCUAAUCAAAAUACAUUUCCCAGUGUCAGAUGCUGUGGAAAAUGGCAAAACUGCUCCAGAAAUGAAACUCUCAGAUGCCCCAGUGUCUCUUAAGAUUUUAACUGGAACUUUUUGUGUCUCUCCAACCAAUGACACCCAGCCAUCACUAAUGAAUGGAGCGAAAUCAGACGCAGCUGACUCUACUGAUUUCGUCUGCUCGUCUGACACAGAUGCACCAUCUUCAAUCACUUGCUCACAAUGAACUUCCAAACGAGGUAACGGUGUUAGAUCAGAGACGCCAAAAUCAACUGGAUGCACAACAGAAACACACCCAGCUACCUUGGCAUUAGAUUUACGGCCUUUCAACAGCGGGCAGUCCUUUUUCCAAUGUCCCUCCUGCAAACAGUAAUGACAUUUAUUCGUCGGGCUUGGGCGAGAUUUGCUACUUCCAUUAUCAAAUUUAGGAACAUUACUGGAAUUGCCAUAAUUGGAUCGAUUUGAACUACGACCAUAACGAGGAGGAGAACGUUGUGGAGGAGAACGAGCAGGAUCAUAACGUUGGUGGCUAUUAUACCGUGGAGGACUGCUGUAAGGCUUACGUUUAUGAGUCAACACAAAGGUAUCAGCAAGCGAGGCUGCCUCCUCCACUGACUUUGCCUUUUGCUCAUUAAUGUAGGUUGCAAUUCGAUCUGGUACAAUGUUCUUAAACUGCUCCAAAAUCAACAAAUCACGCACAUUUUCGUAAGUUGAGACAGACUCUGAAGUGAGCCACCGGUUAAAAUAAGUACUCAACUCUCUUGCCACUUCAGCAUGGGUCUGAUUAUCACGUUUACGCCAGUUUCUGAAACGUCUGUAAGCUUCUGGAUUCAGUUCAUAACAUUUCAAGACCGCUUUUUUCACCUCAGCAUACUUGUGCCUAUCAACAGGUGUUAAUGCCAAGUAUGCCUCCCGUGCGCGUCCUACUAGUACAGUUUGCAAAAGCACCGUUCUAUCCUCUUCACUCCACUUUUUGUCAGAGGCCAUCUGUUCAAACAGUGAGAAAAACACGUCUGGGUCACGUUCGUCAAACUUUGGAACAUACUUUACCAUGCUAUCCAUACUUGACCCGGACAGAUUUCCACUAAUCUUACCUUCUGACAUUAGUUUCAAACGAUCCUGUUCAAUUUUAAUUUUCUCAAGCUGUACUGUAAGGUCCAUUUCACCUUUUUUCAAAUCCAUUUCUUUUUCAAAUUUGAGUCUCUCCAUAUCUGCUUGCUGUUGCAAUUCUCGUUCUAAUUUGAUUUUUUCCAGUUCAAAAAGACGUUCUUUCUCCUUAGCCUGUUGCGCCCACUCAAAUUCAAGUGCCUUCAUCUCUCUUUGUUGCUCAAAAGUCAGUAUGCCUACCCUCUCUGACUGCAUAGGCUCUGACAUACCCUUCACAUGAGCAUCACCACCUUUUCCUGAAGGCAAAAUGCUCUGCUCACACAAAAACUCGUGAAUGGAGUCACGCAAGGGUCCCUUCUUACCAGUUCUAAUGGCUGAUGACAAUUCCAUGCCAUACUUUUCUGCCAAUUGCAACAACUGUUCCUUAUUAAGGGCAAACAACAAUUUCUCAGAUGGUGCUUCCACAAAAGCCUCCAUCCUGCUCAACCCAGGCCGUCAGUACCAAUCUGGCUACUGUACCAAACCAACAAUGAAACUACUGAAAAAACAACCCAACCAAAAACUAGCUCUAAUUACGCUAGGCUCUCUCUCUCCAACCAAUCCAACCAGGUCUCUAAAACAUUACAGUUAUGUUAACACAGCAAACUAACCUCGGAGCAUCCCCCUAAACAUUUUCCCCCCACUAGACUAAUCUAUUUUCACACAGAGCCCGAGGACGAGGAUCAUUUACUCACCAAUACCUGUGGAGACGUACCAUCCCGACAAAGCCGAUUCAGCCGUUUCUCCAAGGCGGUGCCCUCGCCCAGGCUCUGUGACAGCAGGAACCUAGAACCCGUACUAGAUGGGGAUAAAGGCGACAGCUCCUAAGAGGCUGAAUGCAAUGCUACAAACUGCAAUGAAACUAAACCAAGAUGGCUGGAACAAACAAUUCAGUGUCUACCUAACUUGCACGGUCAAACAAAGCCUCAAGAGUACAAAUCAAUAGAUCCCCCAAUUAACUAACUGAUAACAGGCCCCAACUGACUAUCAGCAGUACACAAUUAGUAACUCAGCUCUACUCACCUUCCUACGCUCCAAAAGCCAGUAGAAGGAAUACUCAAUACAAAGAGCUCUACGCACCUUCCUACGCUGCCAUAGCCAGUAGAAGGAAUUACCAUAGCCUAAAGUUACUACCAAAGAUCGGACAAGCCCCCAUAAGUCACAACCACUGGCUUGUUAGUGGCUGUAACAUUAAGGGAGACCACACCGAUUUGUACAUUUUAGCCAACAGAUCUUUUAUUUACAACAUGUAUCAGUGAUCAGUAAUGUGAAUUAACCAAGGAAUGUAUCAGUAAAUGAGUGUUGUCCCAAAAGGGUGUUAGUGUGGUGCUAAUCCCGGCCGUCGUUGCCGUGACCAUACGGUCACCAAACGAAUGUGCCUGUGGGACGAGAGAGAGAAAGAGAGAGAGCAUGAGAGAGAGAGCAUGCUGAUGGGAGGCCUUUUAUAGGCCGCCCAAUCAGCAGCCCUCUGAGAUGUUGCACGUCUUCACAGACCAGCUCCACCUGCGGGUCGGAGGACCAAAGUGCCCCAAACACUAACCGGCAGCAACCGACAGCUCCACCUGCGGGUCGGAGGACCAAAGUGCCCCAAACACAUGACACCUGUUUGUAAGAAGAGUUUCUCCAGAAAGCAAUACAUGACCACACACAUGACAAUACAUACUGGAGAGAAACCUUUUACUUGCUCUGUUUGUAAGAAGAGUUUCCCCAGAAAGAAUGACAUGACCACACACAUGAGAACACAUACUGGAGAGAAACCUUUUGCUUGCUCAAUUUGUGCUAAAAGAUUCAACGCUAAGAGUGUCAUGAUAUUACACAUGAAAACACACACAGGUGAGAAACCUUUCACUUGCUCUGUAUGUAAGAAGACUUUCAUCAGUAAGCAUCACAUGACCACACACAUGAGAACACACACUGGAGAGAAACCUUUUACUUGCUCCGUCUGUGAGAAGAGUUUCUCCUCAAAGCCAAACAUGACCACACACAUAAGAACACACACUGGAGAGAAACCUUUUACUUGCUCUGCUUGUUUGAAGAGUUUCUCCAGAAAGAUUGUCAUGAUCACACACAUGAGAACACAUACUGGAGAGAAACCUUUUAUUUGCUCUGUUUGUAAGAAGAGUUUCUCCAGAAAGCAACACAUGACCACACACAUGAGGACACACACUGGUGAGAAACCUUUUCCUUGCUCUGUUUGUAAGAAGAGUUUCUCCAUGAAGCCUGACAUGACCACACACAUGAGAAUACAUACUGGAGAGAAACCUUUUACUUGCCCUGUUUGUAAGAAGAGUUUCUCCAGAAAGCAAUACAUGACCACACACAUGAGAACACACAAUGGAGAGAAACCGAUUGUGUGAUAAAACAUUCAGGUUUAAGUAUCAGGUCAGUAAUUACAAGUGUGUAACAGUCAAGGAAGCUGCAGGGAUUUAAAAACACUUAUAAACAGUGAUUGUGCUAAAUGUACUUUAAAAACACAGCAUGAUUAAUAUGAACGUAUAUUUUAUGUUGAAUGUUGUGCUUCUUAUCUUCUACUCUUAUAUGUUGUCCUGGAAUGACUUUUUAAGUUGUGUGCAUUUAUUGAAUAUUGUAAAUGUUUCUAAAUUUUUAUUCUAAUUUCCCAUUGUUAAAGAGAGGUCAUAUUUCUUUAUUUAUUUUUUUCACACAUUUGUUCCAUUGCAUUUUAUU